AUCAUCAUGGAGGAUGCUCAUGAAGGCAGAGGAGUCCGUGGAGAGAGAAUCACAGCUGUGAGAUGGUCCUUUUUUUUGUAUCAGUGGAUUCCUCUUGCAGUCAUGUUCAUCAGUUGGGUGUUUAGGGGGAGAGCAGUUCCACAUGACAAGAAAAAGGUGAGAGGGCCCCCAUCUGCAGGAUCAGUAAAAAAAAGACCAGCAAAACACACAGCUUUUCGCAAGUUUUAUGACAGAGGAGACUUUCCAAUUGCUGUUCAGCAUGAGAGUGUAGCAAACAAAAUCGCCUGGAAGGUAGAGAUUGAAAAUCUGGACUAUCAUUACUUUCUGCCUUUGUUCUUUGAUGGGCUUUGUGAAACGGAAUUUCCAUAUGAGUUUUUUGCACGUCAAGGAGUCCAUGACAUGCUGGAGCAUGGUGGAAACAGGAUUCUUCCUGUUGUUCCUCAGCUCAUUAUCCCGAUAAAAAAUGCACUGAACCUUCGUAACCGACAGGUCCUCUGCACCACACUGAAAGUCAUCCAGCACCUGGUGGUGUCAGCUGAAAUGGUGGGGGAGGCCUUGGUGCCCUAUUAUCGGCAAAUUCUCCCAGUCCUAAGCAUCUUUAAGCACAUGGAUGUUAAUUUAGGUGAUGGGAUAGAAUACGGCCAGCAGAAGCGUGAAAAUAUUGGAGUUCUCAUUAAAGAGACACUGGAACUCUUUGAACGCUACGGAGGAGAAAAUGCUUAUAUAAACAUUAAAUACAUGAUCCCCACUUAUGGGUCAUGAAUGUAAACUGAAUUAUAUUAAAUGGGAUGAUUCCAUCUAUGUGUGCUCUACAAAAACUGUAUCUGACUCUGUAUGGCAUCUUGUUAGUCAUGCUUUAUCUUCUCUACAGCUGCUAAAAUAGUGGCUUCUGGGACAUUGGAGUGUUAGCACUAUUGUGAACAAGGCUUUCCAAUACAUAAAUAGUGUCUGUUCCUUUGAUUACAAUGGUGUACUGUGCUUGUUUGUUCCCUGAAAGAAUCACUCCUUUAUAACAGGGCUGACUCGUACAAGAAUCUGAGUUAAACCUUCACUUGUGUAGACAAUAAAACUAUAAUUUUCAUACGCGAUUCAGCAAUCGCUGUUCUGUGUCCGCUUGCCCUGAGGGUGAUGUCAGAGGCUGUAACAAGAAGAGUUUAUGCUGACUGCUUAAUAGGUGUUUGUCAUGGAAGAGAAACACCAGUUCAGCAAUGCCUCCCUAGCAGCUGUGCCGAAUAAUGCGCACUGACAUACAAUAAAACUGUUGAAUGUAUAUACCAAUUGCAGCAGGAAAAUUUAUAUUUUCCAUUAUACAGCACUGUCAUUAAAUUAAUCCAGGUUUCUUACGCACUCCUGUUCUCAGCUUCCAGGUGUUUACUCAUGGAGCUUGGGUUCCUCUGGGUGAAUAUAAGGCACAAACAGAGUUUCAAAGAAAAGAAGCCCAGAAAAAAAACCAAAAAAACUUGAAUAAAUCAGAUGGAAGAUACAGCAUACAGAAAGUGUCAGUCCUUAGUGACACUGUUAAUCUAGGUAAACACAGAAUUACAUGUACAUUUUAAAAGGACGCUUGGUAUUUUCGUAACUGCAAGGUUGCCAUUGCUUUUCUGUUGUUAUUGUGAUGGUGUGUAUGUGUGCAAACAAUGUAACUAUUGUUGUAGGAAUCCCUUACAAUUUCCUACUCAGUUAGUUUCUCCCUGUGUACCCAUAACACAGAACUGAUACAGUCAUGGAUUUAAGCAAAGCUAUUGAGAUUUACUUUAUUGCUUUUUAAGCAUUUCUCUGGAAUAAACCUACCAAAAAAAAAAAAAAAAAAAAACACCAAAAAAAAACCCCACAACUGUCUUACAAUUCUCAAGGACAACCAUUUACAAUUAUUGAGUCAGCUCAAAACAAACCAGAGAUAUGAACUUUGCCUAAAACCAUGAGAUUUUUAAAAGUACUUUUAAAGACUUUGGGCUCAUCUGGCUUUUAUUAUGUUUUCUGGAGCUCUUCAAAUGUAGACAAGUUGCACUUUCAAGCGUUUCACUGUAACAGUUAAGAGCCUGAAAUGCACUGUUUGGUGUUAGACACAUGAGACUUUUUCCAAGCGCAUAUCCAUAUCCAUAUCCAUAUCCAUAUCCAUAUCCAUAUCCAUAUCCAUAUCCAUAUCCAUAUUCACACCUUACAAGGCUUGCCCAAGUGGAGGACACAGCUCCUACGCUGCCUGCUCUCUCAGAUGCCUGCUGGAAGUGUGAGGAGCACCUUCUCACCUGCUGAAACUUUAAGCCAUAUCUGUCACUAGGUUGACAUGUGAACUUGCCUUUUUCUGUUCUGUGGCAUCUUCAGCCUGAAGAUUUUAUUUUACUUUCUUCUCUUUCCUAAAAAAAAGAAAAAAAAUUUUUUUUACUCUUCCCGCCUCUUUGAGGAACUGCACCUUCAAGUGAUGCCACCAGCCACAGGCACUCAUCAGCCCUUGGUUUAGGCAUGGCUGCUGGAGGUGUGCCUUUUUCCCAGGCCCCCGAGGCAUUUCUUUUCUGUGUGUUUUUUUGUUCUUCCUGAGUUUUGUUUUUCACAAUUUUUCCAGGGCCACCCUAAGUCCCUAGAGCUGAGACAAGAUCUGUUGUGUGUCCAACAUACACCUGCGAUGGAUAAGUACAUCCAAAACUCUGCCUCGUGUCUAGGGUAUCGGCAAAUCUUUCACCUGGGCAGAAAGGGAAGUGAAGCCUGGCUGUAGGCCGUGCCUCUGGAAACUCAAGAGCUUUGUCUUCAAACCUUGCAGCACAGAGGCUAGCUGGAUAAUGCAGGGGUUACAGGCCAUGCCUUCUCUUCCAAAAACGCCUUUGUUACACAGCCACCCUGGCAGUAUCCACACAGCCUUCGCUUACAGCUUCUCUCUAUUUGCCUUGCAUUGUCCCUGGCACCAAUGAGCAAUACUUUUUCAUUUACUGACAUCUAUGGAUUUGGUAACUGUGGCAUUGCAGGUUUCCCAUGAGUACAGACUGUGCUGGAAAAUUGCAGCUCAGAGGGAGCUGAGUUAUUCAGCUCAGAAACAAACCAAGCCCUUCAUAAAAGGAGAAUUCCCAGGCCACCUUUCACUCCUCAGCUAUUUGUAUUCUUUCCUCAAGAGAAAGUCCAGUACUGCUCUUUGCCUGAGAUCAAAAAGCUCCUCAAUAGCUGGCUUCAGUUCCCCUGAUGCUGGGCUCCAGCCACAGAGCCACUCGCAGAAGGAACUGUGCAGGAAAGGGCUCUCAGCCCUGGGUUUUCCCCAUCCCAUCACCCCACUGAAUUCCCAACAGCUCUGCUGAGGAGGAGAAGUUUCAGGCUCCACACCAGCCUUUGUAAUUUCAUUCCCCAGCCCCCCUCUUUUUGUAUCCCCUCCCCUUCAGCUCAACUAGGACAAGACUGCUGACUUGCAAAGAGACACCAUGGAAAAUGGGUACUUUGUGAAGCUGCAGAUUUGCCCGGGCCCAGUGCCCUCAGCCUUGUGCUCUUUCUUGAAGAUUUCUUUCAUGAGACAUAGGUUCAACAAGGGGUGACCUUACGGCAAACUAUAAGGGCAAUAGAGGUCCUGCAUAUUCACAUCAGGAAAAAUAAGUUUUAUAGAAAAGCGCUUUUAUUUGCAUAUUCAGGAUGAGAACAUUAGCCUCCAUCAACACUGUUCCUAUGUCUGGUCCAUUGAUUUAAAAGUGAACAUUUUCCCAUAACCUUACUAUUUCUAGGAACUGGACUGAUAAAAAGAAGCAUGAUAAAACCCACAGGUAGGUAAUUUAGAAACACUGAGAAUAAAACUGUUUUAAGAUGUCAUUUUACUAAGUCAAACUCUAGGCCUUCCAACCUUGACAAUGUCCCUUUGAGCAUGAUCAGCAGCAUAUUUAUAGGCAAUUACAGCACAGCUCGGAGCACCUUAUAAAGCACAAGAUCAAGGACUCAGGUGCUUAAGCAUACAAGUAAUUUUAUAUCAUUCAAUACACUACUUAGCUAUCUUACUAUGCUGAAAAAACAGAAUUACAGUUCAAAAAUAGUAACUGCCUCUCUUUUGACCAGAUUGUGGUCACUAAUGCUAGGGGCAAGCAAAUCAACAAAUUUUAAUUGUAAUCAAUUAAAUUGUAAUUUGGGACAGGUGUUUCAAGGGGUAUAAAUUAAGUGUAGCGGCAUUAGGGCUAAUUUGGCUUUGCAGAAGUGAUGUGGUUUGUGCCUUACUUUGGGAUCUUCUGCUGUUUUCUAGCUCUCCAGUGAUGGUAAGACACAUCUGGAUUUCAGUCUCCCUUGUAUUACUGCUAAAGUAAGCCAAUGCAGCUACUGAAUAGUUUGAGUAUGGCAGAAAGACAGAUGAAGGUGGAUGUGCUACUGUUUAUCUGCUGAGGCUCUCAAGGCUUCCAGGGCCCAUUUCAACAGGGAAAUAGUUUAAAAGUCCAUGUUUUAAAAAUACUUAAAGAACAGAGCAAGAGGACCCACUAUGGAAGAGUAAAUCCCACUGUUUGCUACAUCAGUCAGCGCCGGUGGCUUGCAGCAGCACCGCGAGGCGCGAGCGGAGAGGCGGCAGCCGCACCUCUGGGGUGGCCGAGAUCCGCCACGAGCUGCCGGGCUGCGCACGUCGCUCACCCACCGCCUUAUCUGGGGCCUGCCUUUGCUCUGUGAGGCUGACUGGCAGAUUGACUCGCAGGUCACUCACUAUCUGAAACCUGAGCCCAUUGAUAUGCAGGAAACCAUUCUGAGAAAAUCAAGUCAUAUCAGGACAGAUGCAGGUUCCCUAAGGUGCCAAACCCAGGUGAGAACUCACAUGGUCAAGCUGAACAUGGUGCUGUCACCAGGCUGCUGCAUAAGGCAAGAUCCCAUUUCUGACCUCUCAAUUUGUUUCUAGCCAAAGGCUCCUCAGUUUACUCUGUUCUUCAAUAAGUCUGCAACUUUUGCCUGUAUCAUCUUUUGCCUUUCAAGUAAUCCCUCUGUAUCUAUAAAGUGUGAAGAUUCUGCUGGCUGAAGUAACAGGUCAGCACUUGUUAAUAUUGGAAGCUGUUUGCCUGAAGAACAGCCACGAGCCUCUUGAUUUGUGAAAUCUGGAGAGAUGUUCUGCUUUAUUCUACCAGCAUCUCACAGCCUUUCUGCUAUGACACUUGAGCCCUACAGGAGUUCUAUGCCCAUGGUAGUAAAUCUCUGUGUCUAGAGGAGUUAGGAUUUUGCAUUGGGACCCAAAGUCUGGAUCUGUUCUGGGACUCUGACCAAGAGAGUGAGGAAUGGCCAAAGCAAAACCUCUGAAGGCAGAAGAUCACUAGUUUAUUCAAGUAUGUCAUCUCCCUGAUGCUCUUUUCGUCCAACAUUUACCAGGUUGUUGCAUGGGUUUUUUUCCAUUCACCUAUUCGUCCACUGUGUGCUGUACAUGUAUACAUGGAAGGAAGUCCUGCUUCCCCUUCUGCAAAUCCACCCCCAGAGAAAAAGAGGCACAUCAUCAUACAGUGAGACGCAGUUGAUGGUGCAACAGUUUGCCAUGGCCACUCCAAAUAAAGACAUCCAAAUGGUGUAGAACACAUCUGCAGAGAGCAGGCAAAUGCCACGCUAAAAUUGUGAGACUAAAGUGAACUUCUGGAGAUUCAAGUGGAAUACCACAAGGCAAGUGAAUCCUAUCCUUUAUUGUGCUUAUCAACUUGUAACAGUGACUCACUAGGAUCAAGCAAUGAAUUUGUUUUAAAUAAUAAUCAGAUCCAGCAUUAGCUAUAUAGGAUGAUACCAUCUUCUGUAAAGUGACUGCAGCUUGAAACAAACCAGAUCUCUUAGAUAAGCAAACAACCCACCUUUUGGCUCUGAGCCCAAGAGUCAUGUUUUAGUGAUUGUUAUGAUUUGGCCUUUGAGCUCUGGUAACAGUCAAAUAGGGACUUUACAAUGCAUCAGCCUACAAAUUCCAACAAAGAUGGCAUGAGAUUUGGGAUGAUUCCUGUUUCUGUGAGGAAAUUCUGAAUUUAUCUGAGUGCUUAAGCAAUAAUUCUCUGCACUUUUUAAGUGUCUUUCAUUCAAGCAAUUUGAAGUACUCAGCUGCAAAGUGUUUCAUACCUUCUGAAGAGUAGAAAACAGUGAAAUGGGUUCCAGGGCAUAAGAUAAUUCAAAUACACGUGGCUACUGUAUUCCAGGAAAAAUCUCCCACACUCAACAGAAAGAUUGUGGGUAGGAGGAACAAAUGGGAGACAAUGAGUCAUCCACAAUCAAAACAAAGUUUAGGCAUCCAAAACUGAAAAAGGACCAUUAGUAAAUAUUAAGAAAUUGAACACUGUUGUUUCCUUUUAGAGUAAAGGCCCAAAUAGCAAUGGACAGAUAAAAAAAGAGCCUCUGAGAAUACUGUAGCAUGGAAGCACAAUGGUCUUUGUGUGGGUAAUCAACAACCACUGUAGCACUGCUCUGUCCUUUGCUCCAGAUGAACACUGUUGAGCAACUCUGUCUCAUCUCCAGAAGCUUUCAACAUUCAUACUGCUUAGCCCCUUUCUUUUCUCACAGCUUUGUAGCUCCACAUUAUUUCUCUUCACCAUUAAAGCAAGGAUUCACAUUUAAUAAAGACUCAGAAAAUAUAAAGUAUUUUGAGCAGAUAGAAAAGGAAGACUUCUAGUAAAAAAAAACCAAACACAAAACUCUGGCCUUUUCAGACUGUUAAUUACAUUUUCUUAGAAGGCCGAGCAAUACAAAUGUUUCUUGCUCAUUACUGCAGUUUUAAAAAAGGCUGAAGUUUUCUUAUAAUUUGUUUAGAUGUUUUUUGUCCGGUUAAAUAUAUGCUCCUUUUGUAAGAAGUGCUGCUCUUUAAGUACUGAACAUUAAGAACCAUAUGCAACACAUCACUAGCAAUCCCACAGUGUAAGUCAAUACACAUAUGCAUUCACAUUUCAUGUGUUAAAAGCCAAAUUAAUGCUUCAGCUGCAUUUAAAAUUCUAUUUUGUUUUAGUCACAAUUGAGAAGAAUGGCUAAUUUAAAUCUAUUUACAAAGUUAGGACUGAAAACGUUCAUAUUUUACAGUAACCAAUACAUGCUGGUAUUUUACCAAAACAUGGUGCACCUGAAAAACAAAAGUCACCAUUUACAGCAUUUACAGCAUUAAACUCAGCAUUUACAGUAAUACACAUUCACUGCUACUCCCACUUCGCAAUGUGGGUCACAGGCUGGCUGCCAGAAGGGACAGGCCAGAAACCAUUGGAAAUUCCUCCCUACACGAGCACAGAGCUACACAGCUAAGGUAGGAAUUUUGUGACUGCAGAAAUGGAAAAGUGUCAUAUUCCAGCACACUAACUGAAGCCAGGGGACUAGAAACACUGGGAAAACACUGUGUAUGUUGUGUUUUAAGAAAUCGGGUGGCUUCUUUUAUUGACCUAGUAAGAACAUCAAUUACUGAUAAUCCACCUGUAAAAUGCACUCAAACACUGCAAGUGUUUAUAAGGUAUAGAAAUGUUAUGAGCUUAGAGGCAAGAUAUACCCUCAAAAUAGAGGAGUCAAAUAUGCUCUGUAAAUAGUGUUGCCCCCUCCCCCACUUUUAAACUUAA